AUGGAUCCGCUCCGGAGCUACCUGGGGCGGGUCCUCCUCGAGGACGUCACCCCGGUGGUGAUGGUGCUGACCACCCCGCUCGCCGAGGCCGCGUGCCGCAAGAGCGGCCUCAGCUUCGUCGACAUGCUCUCCCCGUUCUCCCUCUUCAAAAAAAUCGACGUGCCCGUUCGCACAGCGAGUGACCAGCCUUACAGGCUCCAACAGUUCAAGAUUCGGAUGGUGUAUGCGUCGGAUGUCCGGAAGCAGGACUGCGAGGUUGCAGAUGCAAGAAUUAAGCUGGUCGUUUCCGAGGCCAACGAGAACGCUCUUCCGGAUUUGCUUUCAGACCCGCCACAGUUGGAAGAUGUACUCAAAAAGCCUGAAGCUGAGUUGUGCCCAUUGUGGAUUAAGAGGUUCAACAGAGAGCUAGUGCGGACACUGUCCUUUUCAGACCAUGAAACAUUUGAUCACCCCGUGGCAUGUCUUUUAGUUGUAUCGUCAAAGGACAAAGAGCCAAUCAGCAAAUUCGCUGAUCUGUUCAACACAAAUCAGUUGCCUCCUCUUUUAAAUGAAGGCAUAAUGGAUCCCCAGAUUCUGAAGCACUAUCUUGUACUUCAUGAACAACAAGAUGGACCACAAGAGAUAGCUGUGAACAUCUUAGCGGAAAUGAGGACCACCCUGGGCGUGAAUGAUUGUAAAUUGCUGAGUAUUAACUCUUCUACACAAGCGGAUGGCAGUGAUGCUGAUAAUUCGUGGUCAACCUAUAAAGCUCAUGGCCUGCACAAUAAUGAAGGAACUUGUUUCCUUAACAUGGAUGAUUUGAACGAGAUAAAGGAUUUUAUGCAAGAUUUUGCUUCUAAUCAUAUCAUUCCCUACAUGGAGCAAAAGAUCCGUGUGCUCAAUCAGCAGGUAGCCACAACAAGAAAGGGCUUCAGAAAUCAGAUAAAGAACUUGUGGUGGAGAAAGAGAGAUGAUGUCCCAGAAGCUGCAAAUGGCCCAAUGUAUACAUUCACCUCCAUAGAGUCGCAGAUCAGAGUUCUCAGUGACUAUGCUUUCAUGUUAAGAGACUACGAGCUUGCUUUGUCCAAUUACAGAUUACUUUCGACAGAUUAUAAGCUUGAUAAAGCUUGGAAGCGUUUUGCUGGUGUUCAGGAGAUGAGUGGACUUUGCUAUUUCAUGUUAGAUCAGUCAAGGAAGGAUGCUGAAUAUUGCAUGGAAAAUGCCUUCACUACAUAUUUGAGAAUUGGAUCUUCUGGUCAGAGAAAUGCUACUAGAUGUGGCCUUUGGUGGGCAGAAAUGCUUAAAACACGAGGACAACAUAGGGAAGCAUCAACUGUUUAUUUCCGCAUAUCAAAUGAGGAACCUUCCUUGCAUUCUGCUGUGCUGCUUGAGCAAGCUGCUUGUUGCUAUUUGCUGUCAAGUCCACAUAUGCUUCGGAAGUAUGGAUUUCACCUCAUCUUAGCUGGCAAUAGUUACUACUUGUCUGAUCAGAAACAACAUGCUGUUCGGGCAUACAGAAACGCUCUGUUUGUCUACAAACAAAAUCCUUGGAGUUACAUCAACAAUCAUGUACAUUUUAAUGUUGGGAGGUGGUAUGGAGUCCUUGGGAUAUUCGAUGUAGCUAUCAAGCACUUGCUGGAGGUUAUUGCUUGUAGCCAUCAGUCGCUGACAACGCAAAGCAUGUUCCUCAAUGAUUUCUUCCAUUUUGUUCAGAGUACAGGGGAAAAGUUUGAUGUAUACAAGCUUCAACUUCCUGUUUUCAACAUGUCAUCACUCAGAGUUGUAAAUGAAGAUCAUCGCACUUACGCAUCAAAUGCAGAUGUUGAUGUUAAUGAAAGCAUUUGGCAGGAGCUGGAAGAAGAAUUGAUCCCAUCAUCAUCUGUUGUUAGAACUAACUGGCUUGACACUCAGCCAAAAUCUUCUCCUUUUAGAAAUAACAAGGCAUGUAUUUGUGUUGCUGGAGUUGAAAGUGAUGGAAACAAUUUCACAGUAUCGAAGCUUGACAUUGUAUUAGGAGGAGGUGAAACCAAAAAAAUACAACUUGAAGUGACUCCAAAAGUUAUAGGUAUUCUGAAGUUAGUUGGGAUAAGGUGGACCCUGUCAGAUUCGGUAGUAGGCUAUCAGUACUUCGAAGUGGCUACACAAAAGAAAAACAAGAAAGGGAAAAGAGGGGCCCGGCGUUCUUUGAACAACAACCUGAUCGUUAUCAAGGGUUUACCUAAACUUACAGGAUAUAUUGAGUGCUUGCCAGCAAAAGCAUUUACUGGUGAUUUACAACUCCUCACGCUGAAUCUGAGAAACCAAUCAGAACAUGCUGUGAAGAAUAUAAAAAUGAAAAUUAGCCAUCCAAGGUUUGUAAUUCCCGGUGAUUCAUCAGACCUUGACCUUGAAUUCCCACAGUGCUUAAGAAAGCAUGUUCAAUCAGACAGCAACACUGUACCCGAAGGUACUAAGGAAAACGUCAAGGGUUCACUAUUUGCAUUUCCUCAGGAUAUUAAAAUUCAAGGUGAUGCCACAUUCUCUUGGCCUAUUUGGUUUCAUGCCGCAACUCCUGGAAACUUCUCUCUUUAUUUGUCUCUCUAUUAUGAAAUGGAGAGUACCACUGACAUUCCGUAUCGCACAUUGCGCAUGCAUUACAAUGUGGAGGUCUUGCCGUCACUUGAUGUGUCCUUUGCUAUAAGUAUGUGCUCAUCAAGAUUCCAAGAGUAUAUUGUGCGAAUGGACGUAAUCAACAAGACUCCAUCAGACUCAUUCGCACUUCAUCAAUUGUCAUGUGUCCGCACUAAAUGGGCAGUUUCAACAUUACCCUCGCGUGAUUCCAUCAGCUUUGUGGAAACAGUACCAGCAAACCAGGCUGUGUCAUGCUUCUUCAAGAUAAAGGAUUUAAGUACAAGUUCAUGUAUUGAGGCGGCAGACGGUUCCUGUGGAAGUGAUAUAGUUUUAUCUCCUGGGGGUAGUACUGAUGUAUUUGAUGUUUCUCGGACUCCUAUCACUGAUUUCCACUAUCAAGAAAGACACCAACAAGGGAAGUUUGCUAAGGUGCCACGUAGUCUACUUGAUUUUAUUCUGAUCUCAAAGGCAGUAGCUGUUAACUCUUCCAAGACAGAACAACUGCUCUCUCAUCAUACCUGCCACUGCAGUGCUCUCAACCAGAAUCCUGUGUGGUGGCUUAUGGAAGGACCUCGAACAAUUACUCAUGAUUUCUCGAAGUCAUGCUGUGAGGCUAACAUCCAACUGGUGAUUCACAAUUCUUCAGACCAUAACACUAGCGUGAGAGUGGUUACAUCUGACUGUAUGCCUGAGAAAAGCCAAACUGCCCCUUCACAUGAAUCUGCCAGUGGUCAGGGUGGAUGGUAUGACGUAUCUCUGGAAAAUGACGUAAAGGCCAUCUCAAGUACCAAGGGGGCACAUUCUCAGAAACAAUCAUCAGAAAGCAUUUCACCGUUUGUUUGGUGCUCAUUGAGUUCCGCUCAAGUUGAUCUGAAACCUGACAGUUCUGCUAAAAUUCCCCUAAAAGUGUGCAUAUUUGCACCCGGAACGUAUGAUUUUUCAACGUAUGAGCUGCACUGGAAAGUGCAUUCAUCUGAGAGUGGACAGGUGGAUGAAAAUGUGACAUCAGGUGGUGGCCAAGGGUAUCCUUUCUAUGUCAAUGUUCUUCAAGGCGCCUGA